UCCCGCCACACAAUUAUCACGCACGUCACUGAGUAAUAGAAGAAGGAACAAGAAAGAAGCUGAGAGACUGAAAGCUAAUUUGAAGAAGUAAGACAGCAUGGCCAUCGUGGCCGUGAUAUCCACAAAACCUCUGCGAGCUCUUUCGCCUUCUUCUUUUCCCUUUCUAAAAACUCCCAAAUUCCCUUCCCAAUAUCCCUCUCACCCCACUGUUUACUCUCCAAAAUCAACAAAUGCUUCCACUCUCACUACCGCUUUUAAUACCACCAAAUCGCGUCUCGUAUUGCGAGCUUCCGCUUCCGAUUUUGGUUCAUAUAUCGGAGAAAGCCUCGGUGAUGUUACCAUUUUCACCGCUGCCGGUGAGCCCGUCAUGAUCAAGGAUCUGUGGGACCAAAACGAGGGGAUAGCUGUUGUUGCGCUUUUGAGGCAUUUUGGUUGCCCUUGCUGUUGGGAACUUGCUUCAGUAUUGAAAGAAUCAAAAUCAAAAUUUGAAUCAGCUGGUGUCAAAUUAAUUGCAAUUGGUGUUGGUGCGCCUAAUAAAGCUCGCAUUCUUGCAGACCGGUUACCAUUUCCAAUGGAUUGCCUUUAUGCAGAUCCUGAUCGUAAGGCCUAUGAUGUCUUGGGGUUAUACUAUGGCUUUGGACGUACAUUCUUCAAUCCAGCCAGUGCUAAGGUGUUCUCCAGAUUUGAUGCUCUUCAAAAAGCUGUCAAGAACUACACCAUUGAAGCCACCCCUGAUGAUAGGAGUGGUGUACUGCAACAGGGUGGAAUGUUCGUCUUCAAAGGAAAGCAGUUACUAUAUGCCAGGAAAGAUGAAGGUACUGGCGAUCAUGCUCCCUUGGAUGAUGUCUUUAAUAUCUGCUGCAAGGUUCCAAUUGCAUGAAGUUCUGGUUUGGUGGGAGGUAAUCCUUAAAAAUAGGGUUAUUCGCUGGUUGCACUAAAAAAUAUGCAAUUAUGCGUCCAUCUCAAACUGGUGAGACUUCUUUAGUUCUUUUGACAGGUAAAUUAUAGUCCAGGGCCCCAGUUAAACACAAGUCUAAACUAUACUCUGUAUAGAAGGAUUGCGGUCUGUAUAUAUGAAAUACUAGCCUUUUACUUGGUGUUUAUAAUUUGUUGUGUAGUUCAAUUUUUCUGUUUCCUACAUUUAUUUACUCGUAACAUAAAUCUCUUCAUCUGAUUUUCGGUC